CCCGUCCAUCGGACGAAUUCUCACUGUCUUGAAGAAUAUAAUACUGACGAUUUUACGGAUGUGUUAAUUAUUUCUUUCAAUUAGUAUUUAAUUGAAGUUUUUACUGAAAAUGGAAACGCUCAGCUUAACUCAAGAAUCAUUUGAUUCAUAUAAUGCUUUGUCGACGUUUAUGACUGCCUGGAGCGAUGAAACAAGAGAUACGUACACGACGUUACGUGGGGAUCUUUUACAUCUUUCUGACUUGAAAAAUAUGAAUAUAAACGACGCAGAAAAAAAAAAUUGAUCGCUAAAUUUCAAUAUAUACGUAUUAGCUACCAAUGCAAAUUAGGUCCUGCAACAAAAUCGGAUCAAUCGAUCGGUCAGCGAAUAACUAGUACUUACAAUCAUGGCUGUAGAUUUGUCAUCAAGAUUCAUUUCGACAAAGCUGCAAUGCAAUUAGUAGUCUUUGAAAAAAAUUUAAAUCAUGAAAAUCAUCCUAUUCUCUACAAGGAGCUACGAUCUACUCUCCCGGAACACCGAAGACUGUCAGAUGAAACUAAAAAGCAAACAAUUCAAAUGUUGUCAUUAGGGGCUAAGACGAGACUAGUGAAAAACGAUCUUGCUGAAAAGAAAAAGAAAUUCGUGACCAACAAGGAUUUACAAAACUUGAAAGCUUCCUGUAAAGGAGACUCGGAAAAUACUUUGGAGUCUUUCAGUGCUCGAUCCAUGUUUUUCAAGAAGAAGAAACUAAUCAGUUUAAAGGCAUUUAUUUUUGCAAUGACGACAUGAAAAAUCUAUGGAAGCCUAUCCAGAAAUGAUUUUUAUGGAUGGCACUUAUAAACUAUUUAAACUCAAUUUUAUAUUGUUUUUAUUGAUGGUCCAGACAGGGAAUGGCCGAGGAGAAAUAGUUGGAGCAGCUGUCA